AUGAAUUCCAUCUCCAGGUCCGGCUACAAUGAUCAAACUUCGGACACCACCGACGCUGGAACCGGAGCCAGCAGCUCCAUGUCCAUGGCCCCUCCGCUCAGGCCCAGCGGGGCGAACAAACUCGAACCGCUGCCGAUGCCUCCCAGCGUCUUCAGCCCGACGCAUCAGGAUAGUCUGGGGUUCCUCAACCAGUGGAUCGCCGGCGACGAGAAGAUGCUCGACACGCUGGGGUUCCUUUUCCACGCCGACAUGUACGCCAACGAUCCCUACGCGCUGCAGCAGCUGCACCCACCGGCCAGCGCCCGCGGGGGCCUGCACAGGUUCCUCGGCGAGUCCAUGUUCCAGAGCCCGUGCGCGACCAAGACCAAGCGCGCCGACCAUAGAGUCCAGACCGGCGGGCACUGGCGGCUGGAGCAGACCAGGGAGGAGCUGGUGCUGGCCCACGAGAGUGGGCUCAAGAACAGCUUCGGGUUCUACCUCAGCACGUUCAAGAAGCGCAAGACGUCGUGGCUCAUGCAAGAGUUCACCAACGACAUGGACAAGGGCCCCGACAGGAAGGGCGUGCCCACGCUCCACAAGCUCUACAUCACGCCGCGUGCCACCGACGACGACCUGAGGGAAGUCUAUGGGAGGACGGCGUGA